UAUUCUUAUUAUUUGUAUUGUGACAUAUUGAUUUAUGAACAGAAAUCGACGCCCAGAACUGAGUCAUAGCAAAGAGCAGGUGGUUGAUGCUGAGUCACUUCCUGCAGUUAGAGCUUCCUCUUCCUCUCCCGCUGCCGUGUUACGCGCAGAUAACCGACUCUAAUCGGUGCUAGCGGCCCGCUGUGACCGGCGGACUGCAGCUGUUUGCGGCUGUGUGCGGCUGUGUGCAGAUGUGUGCGGCUGUGUGCAGAUGUGUCGGACUUUCAGCCGUUUCUCAGACUGAAGGGCCUCCUGCGGACUCAUGGCGGCAGCAGACACAAAGCCGGGAGGGUCGGAGGAGUUGACGCUACGCUCCGAGGAGUCCAGCCUUCGGUCCAAAGAGUUGACACUACGCUCCGGGGAGUCCAGCCUGCGGUCCGACGAGUCCAGUCUGCGGUCCUGGGAGUCGGAGCUGACCUCCGUCCAGCACUCCCUGAAGUUCGUGUCGCCGCUGAAGGAGGAGUUUGUCUGUCCGGUCUGCAGAGGAGUCGUGCUCAACCCGCAACAGAACUCCUGCGGACACAUCUACUGCUUCCUCUGCCUCCAAAAACUGCUGGAGAGUUCUUCAGCGUCCGGUCCAGUCUGUCCCGUGGAUGGAACCGUGAUCACACCAGCUGAGGUUUUCCAGGACAACUGCUGCAAACGAGAAAUCUCCAGUUUAGAAGUGUACUGCACCAACUUCCCAGAAUGCACCUCUGUCGUCACGUUACGCCACCUGAAGGACCACCGGAGCUGCUGUGAGUACGAGCGGCUGCAGUGCUGUAACCCCGGCUGCAGGGUGUUCCUGCAGCGGAGACAGCUGCAGGAACACCUGAGCAUUACCUGUCCUCACCGAGCCGAGCCCUGCCCGCACUGCCAGCAGCCGCAGAGACUCCGCCUCCUGCAGGAUCACGUGCAGAGCUUCUGUCCCGAGGUGGAGGUGGACUGUCCAAUCGGCUGCUCCCUGAAGGUUCCCAGACACAAGCUGGCAGAACACAGAGAGUCGUGUCCGGAGCUUCACGUCGACUGUUCUUAUAAGAAGUUCGGCUGCUCUGUGCAGGACAGGAGACGCCACGUGAAACUGCACGAAGACGCCGCUGUCGCUCAUCACAUGCUGCUGGUCCUGAGGAGCAACACACACCUGGAGCAACAGGUGGAGGUUCUCCAGGAGGAGGCGCUGCUCAGGCAGCAGGAGGUGCAGACAGACAGUUUACUGCUCGCUGCUCUGCAGAAGAAGAUCCGCCCGCUGCAGCAGCAGAACAGCAGCCAUGAUCACAUGGUCUCUGCAGCUCAGAGGACGCUGUGCAGGCAUCAGGACGUCCUGUCCACGGUCCAGCUGGACGUCCAGCAGGUUUCUCGGGGACUCGGUGGUCUGGAGGAGCUGGAGGAACUCAGGAAGUCUCUGGAUGCUGCGAUCCAAGAAGUGUCUGCAGCCGAGGCCCUCAGAGAACACCUGGGAACUUUGGGGGAGACUCUGAAGCAUCACUCGGGUCUCCUGGAUCACCACGACACCACGCUCGGUCACAACAAGCAGCGCCUGCAGGAGCUCGAGGCCACGUCGUACGACGGCAGACUGAUCUGGAAGAUCGAGGAUUUCGCGAACAGGAGGGAAGCUGAGGUCAAAGGUCAGCCGCCGUGCCUGAUGAGCGUGCCCUUCCAAACCGGACGCUGCGGCUACAAAAUGGCCUCCAAGGUGUAUCUGAACGGGGACGGCGAGGGAAGAGGGACUCACCUGUCCCUUUAUGUCGUCCUGAUGCCGGGAGACUUCGACGCUCUGCUGCCGUGGCCUUUCAGACAGACCGUGACUCUGUCUGUUCUGGAUCAAAGCGGUGCCGCUAACCACCGGAGUCUCAGCUUCAGACCCGACCCGGCGUCCAAAAGCUUCCAGCGACCCGCUGCCGAGUCCGUCAACAACGUCGCUGUUGGGUUUUCAUGCUUCAUUCCUCUCAACGAGCUCGCUGCGUACGUCAAAGACGACACGCUGUUUGUCAAAGUGAAGGUGGACGUGGCAGGUUUAGAGCAUCUGUAGGCUUCUGUCCUCUACGUCACUGGUUCUAAAAUGGGGGUACUUGUCCCCCUAGGGGUACUCUGGAGGACUGCAGGGGGUACGUGUCCCCCUACGGGUACUCUGGAGGACUGCAGGGGG